AUGGCAUCUACUAGCGGCAAAAAUGAUAGUCAACAAUAUGAUUACGAUUAUUUUGUCAUUGGCGGUGGUUCGGGAGGUGUGCGAUCUAGUCGCAUAGCGGCGAAGCACGGAGCUCGUGUUGCCCUAGCCGAAGCGAAGAAAUUAGGUGGUACAUGUGUUAAUGUUGGUUGUGUCCCAAAGAAAUUAUUUUGUUACGCAUCACAUUUUCGUGAACUAUUUCACGAUGCUGAAGGUUAUGGUUGGCCAAAAGUCGACAUGAAAUUAGAAGAUCAUAAUUGGAAGAAGUUUAUAGAAAGCAAAAAUGCUGAGAUUCAACGUUUAAACAAUGCUUAUGAAAAGAAUCAAAAAGACAAUAACGUUACGAUAAUCAAAGGAUACGCACAGUUAAAAGAUAAAAAUACAGUUGUUAUAGAUGGCAAAGAGUACACGUCGAAAUACAUACUUCUUGCUGUUGGAGGUCAACCGGUUCUGCCGAAAAUUGAAGGACGUGAGCAUGUCAUCACAUCGGAUGAUGCGUUUUUCCUCGAAAAAUUGCCGAAAAAACACAUUAUUCAAGGUGGUGGCUACAUUGCACUGGAAUUCGCUUGUAUCUUCAAUGGAUUUGGCUCUGAUGUGACAUUAAUUUUACGUGGAAAGACAAUUUUAUCCAGUUUUGAUGAAGAUGUUCGAUCAAAAUUAUGUGAUGAACUCAAGAAGAACGGAAUAAAAUUUCAAUUUGAAACCGAAGUUGAACGCGUAGAGAAGGUUUCGGAUGACUCUUUUCGUGUUAAAUUCAAAAAUAACAACACUCCGAUCGACACAAAUCUUGUCAUGUUCGCCAUCGGUCGUCAUCCAAACAUAGAGAAUUUAGGUUUAGACGCUGCCGGUGUGAAAACAAAUGACAAAGGCGUUGUUCAAGUCGACGAUUAUUCACAAACAAAUGUUUCCAAUAUCUAUGCAGUCGGCGAUUGUACAGAUCGUAAAGCUCUGACACCUGUUGCUAUCCAAGAAGGUCACUACUUAGCUGACAUGCUUUUCAAUAAUCAACAACCACGAAAAGUUGAUUACGCUACUGUUGGUACAACUGUGUUUAGUGAACCGUCUAUUGGUACGUGUGGUGUAACGGAAAAAGAAGCAAAAGAAAAGUAUGGUGAGGAUGGUUAUGAUGUUUAUGAAUCAUCGUUCAAACCCAUGUUUGUUCAAUUACCUAAACGCGAUCGAAAAUCAUACGUGAAAUUGAUUGUUGAAAACAAAUCUCAACGUGUUGUUGGUAUUCAUAUAAUGGAUCAUGCCGCACCAGAAAUCAUUCAAAUGUGCUCGGUAGCAAUUCGUGCAGGAGCAACGAAGGAAUUGUUUGAUCAUUCGAUUGGUAUACAUCCGACUAGUGCUGAAGAAAUUGUUCAAAUUCGAGAAAAACGAAAGAAGAAAGACGAGGAGAAAAAGUAA